AUGGCCGUCCAGCUGCAUGUGACGCUCAUCGAAGCCCGCGGCCUCGCGCGGGCGCAGCUCUUUGGAACACAGGACCCGUACUGCAUUGUGACGCUGGGCCACCGAAGUGAGCGCACCGAAUACCACGACAAUGGCGGCGCCGAGCCCUUCUGGAAUGCGCCCUUUGUGUUUUCGUUCAAGACACGCACUGAGAAGGCCGUCCUUGACAUUGACAUUCGCAACGCCAAUGCAGCCUUCUUGCCCGACAAUAGCAUUGGCUUUGUAAGCCUUCGCGUCGACUUGGCCCAGUGGCGCGACCGCGAGUUGCGGCAAGAGUGGCUGCCCGUCUACCGCAAGCAAGCCAAGGCCCGUGCACCGAACGGCGCCAAGCAUGACGGCGGAGAGCUCAAGGUGCGCAUGGAAGUCCUGUACGACACGACGCUGGCGAGCCAGCCAUCGGUCGUCGUGCUUACAAAGCAAGUCGCGAAGCCCAUGGUUGUGACGCCGCCCAAGAGUCCGGUCGCCGCAUCGCCCACGAGUCGCCCGCUGACGUCGAGUCAUGUGGCGCCGCCGCCAUCGCCGUCCAAAACCGUGCCGUCGUCACCGUCGCACAGCGACUACCGCCAGCACGAAUGCCUCCAGCCUUUCGGAGGCUAUUGGAUCCCGCCCGAGCGCUGGACCCUGGACAAAUCGCACACCGCCCAUGCCCUUCUCGUGGGCAGCGUGGGCAAGGAGCCUGUGCUUUUGCAGCUGGCGCUCUCGGUCGUCGACGUGACGUCGAUCCUAUCGACGUACGCGACGCUGCCCAAGGACCACAUGCUGCUACGACUGCGCGGGUUCUCCUUGCACGACCACGCCUGGUGUGUUCUGUACGAGCAUGCGGCGCCGUUGACGCACCUGGCGGCCGAGUCGUGGUCCCGGUCGACGACCGCGGUGGCCAUGGACAUUGCGUCGGCCAUGGCGCAGCUUCACUUGGCCAAGGUCAUUCACGGCGGGAUUCGGCUCACGGCCGUCUUCAAGGACGACAACGACCGCUACCGCUUGCACGGCUUUCCAAGCCCUCGGCCCACGACAGGCGACGCCGUGGACCUGCCGUGGGCCGCGCCGGAGACCUUGAGCGACGAGGCGCUCACGCGCAAGACGGACGUCUACGCGUUUGGUAUCUUUUUGGCUGAGCUCGGCCUGGGUGAAGCAGCGCCAUUUGCGGUGCAUAAGCGGGAGGCGCGCGAGGCGUUUCUGGAAGCUGUGCGCGCGCAGACGUAUACGCUCGAAGCCGAGCUCACCGAAGUCGUUCCUGCGCCAAUGCUCUCGGUGAUUCUCAAGUGCACGACGCCGCUGAUCACGAAGCGACCGACGAGCCUCGUUGUCGUCGACCUCGUUCGUGGCGCGAAAGCGGCGUUGUUUCCAGGGGCGCACACAACGACCAUGUGA